UCAGACGUCUGCACUUGGGAAUUCACUGAGAUCCGCACAAUUUUCACUGCGUCGGGUUUUGAAACGGAUGAGCACGGACACUACUUACAGUGACCUCUACCACAACUUCAUGUCUGAGUACGAGAACAUGGGUCACAUGAAACACAUUUCUAUGGCAGAUCUACCGAAACAACAUUGCUUCCUACCUCAUCACGGUGUCCUCAAGGAACAGAGCACUACUACAAAGCUCAGAGUAGUGUUCAAUGGAUCAUGCAACACCUCAUCAGGAGUUUCGCUGAAUGGGAUCUUACACGUUGGGCCAAAAAUCUAAAUAGACAUCUGCGAUGUACUACUCCGCAUUCGUCGGUUUCCAAUUCUUUUUGGAUCCGACAUCACAAAGAUGUUUCGGCAAAUUGACAUAGAUCCAAAGGACUGGCCGUUACAGUCCAUCCUCUGGAAGACCAAGGACAAUUCUCAGCAAGCGUACACCCUCACUACGGUCACAUACGGCACAACUUGUGCUCCUUAUCUUGCUGUAAGGACUCUACUGCAACUAGUGGAGGACGAAGGAUCCAAAUACCCGCUGGCAGUCGCUCCAAUGACUGAAACCCGCUACGUAGAUGACAUCUACGGGGGAGCUGACACAGAGACGGAAGCGAUUGCAAUCGCUAAACAAACCAGGGAACUCUGUGCAGCUGGAUUCUUCCCAUUAACAAAAUGGUCAAGCAACAGCGCUCGGUUACUCGCUACAAUGUCACCAAACGAUCAACCAGUGAAUUCGCUACGGGAAAUCGGAGAUACUACGGUGAAGGUCCUCGGAGUUGGCUGGAAUCCUCACCACGAUGUAUUCCAGUUCAACUAUAACUUGCCUGAAGAUCCUCCAGCAACAAAACGGGCACUCUUGUCUGAAAUUGCUCGUCUGUAUGAUCCUCUGGGAUUCCUCGCUCCGAUCAUCAUCAAAGCCAAGGUGUUCAUGCAGAAACUCUGGCUUGAAAAACUGGGCUGGGAUGAUCAAUUGGCCCCGACACAAUUCCACAAAUGGACGUUAUUUCGAGCGGACCUCACCAACCUUGCUAACCUCCGGGUGAACAGAUGGAUUAAUCUCAAGGAGAAUGUGUCUGCAGAGCUCCACGGGUUCUCAGACGCAUCCCAACUCGCUAUGGCUGCGGUGGUCUACCUGAAGGUGACGGAUCUUCAGGGGAAUUCGUCAGUUGCGCUUUUAUGCUCCAAAACUCAAGUAGCCCCUCUGAAACCACUCACAAUUCCACGGUUGGAGUUGAACGCUGCCGCACUUCUCACCAGACUUACUCUCUACGUGCGAAAAACACUUAACUUGGAGCAAUUACCAAUCUAUUUGUGGACUGACUCUGCAGUAACCCUCGCUUGGAUACAAAGUCAACCCUUUCGCUGGAAAACUUACGUACGCAACAGGGUUGCGAAAAUACAGGAUUCUCUUCCUGGAAGCCGCUGGACCUUUAUCGCUGGGAAAAGUAAUCCAGCUGACUGUGCUUCGCGAGGAUUGUCAGUUGGCAAACUGCUGAAACAUCCGCUUUGGUGGUCGGGUCCAAAAUGGCUCAGCUUGUCCCAAGAAAACUGGCCAACUAUUGAACCACCUGCUACGACCGCAACUCAUCAGGAAGAGAGACCAGGUCUAACCUUCAUGACAUUCGCUAAAACAGAUUCACAUCCUCUGCAAAUUCUCUUAGAACGCUUUUCUCGCUGGGUUUCGCUGGUUCGAACGCUUGGAAUCUGUCUACUUGCCAUCAGCCGAAUGAAAAAGGUGCUACAGUCCUCAUUAGCCACCCCGCUAUCCGCUGGAGACCUGGAACCCGCAAAAUGGCUGCUGGUCAAGUAUACACAAGGCCAGUACUUCUCAUCGGAACUCAAGCUGCUUUCUGACGGGGGAUUCCUACCAAAAAAUCACCCACUCGCCAAGCUGACCCCCUUUAUCGACUAUCACGGAAUUUUGAGAGUCGGUGGCCGCUUGAAAAAUUCGCUAUUGGACAAUCAGCAGAAGAAUCCAGCGAUUUUGCCUAAAUACUCACUGCUGACGUCACUCCUCAUCGAUCAUGCCCACAAACGGAACUUUCACGGGGGAACGCAAUUGACUCUGGCUGCGUUACGCCAAUCCUACUGGAUUAUUGGUGGCCGCGUACCAGUCAGAUCUCACAUCUUACGCUGCGUAGUCUGUGCUAGACACCGAGGUGUUCGAGCACAGCAAUUGAUGGGACAACUGCCCCCCUCUAGAGUGACUCCCGCCCGGGCGUUUCUACAUACUGGUUUAGACUACGCUGGGCCAGUCACUCUGAAAACCUUCCAGGGUCGUGGAGCGAAAACUUACAAGGGGUGGAUUGCAGUUUUCGUGUGCUUCACGACUUCCGCUAUACAUCUGGAACUUGUUACGGACUACUCUACAGGCGCAUUCAUCGCAGCGUAUCGGAGGUUCGCAAGUCGCCGGGGCAUCUGCCACACCAUAUAUUCGGACUGUGGUACAAACUUUGUGGGUGCAGAUGCAACUCUAAGGGCUGAAUUCGCAUCAGGAUCAAGAUCACUGGGAGAACUUUCACAUCUACUGGCUACAGAUGGCACAACCUGGAAGUUCAAUCCGCCUGGAGCUCCGCACUUUGGAGGUAAAUGGGAAGCUGCCGUCAAGUCUAUCAAAUUCCAUCUCACUAGAACUAUCGGAGAGCAUCUGAUGACUUACGAGCAGCUCACUACGGUUUUGACACAGAUCGAAGCCGUGGUAAAUUCUCGGCCUCUCGCCCCACUCUCGGAAGAUCCUGCCGACCUGGAACCACUAACUCCAGGUCACUUCCUCAUUCGAGAACCACUCACCGCUGUACCGGAACCCUCGCUACCUUCAACAACGGAAUCGACGCUAACUGGGUACAAAUUGCUACAACAACUGUUGCAACAGUUUUGGAGACGUUGGAGCAACGAAGUGCUACAACGUCAUCAGGGCAUCUCCAAAUGGCAUCGGGCGUCCAACGACGUCAAAGUUGGCUCUCUGGUGCUCCUCACAGACGAGCGGUUCCCACCGACAAAAUGGCCACUCGCUAGGGUAAUCGCUAUCCACCCAGGGAAGGACGGACAUACCCGCGUAGUAACACUGAAGACAGCUACCACGGAACUGAUCCGACCAAUUGCAAAACUGUGUGUUCUGCCCAUUGAAGAUCUUGACGUCUCAGCCGUCAACCCGGGGGAGAAUGUUCAGUCAACACCCAAAUUGCCCGGGCGAAGCGAAGUUCGGCUUACUCGCAGCAAGAAGGCAGCACUAAGCAGAGCAUAG